GGGUAUAAAUGGCGUCGGGCGGGCGAGUCCAGCUUCACUGACAACAUGAGGGUCCUCCUGCUUCUCGGAUUGGUGGCCUUCGGCCUGGCCGACCUCACUCGCUUCGAGGGAGAGAAAGUUUUCCGUCUGAAGCCUGUGCUUGAUAAACAUGUGACUCUCAUUAAGGAACUGGCCAAGAGCAUUGAGGUCGACUUCUGGAGCCCCGAGAGCGCUGAGCUGGUGAACAUCGACAUUGACGUGGACAUCCGCGUGCCCGCCAUGUAUUUGGAUAUGGUGUACACCACCCUGCAGCAGAGUGACAUGGAGCACGAGGUCCUAAUUGAGGAUCUGCAGUCUGCUGUCGAUGGCCAAAUGGACAACAAGCCAAGUCCCAGAGCCCACAGCUACACCAAGUACAACAACUGGGACAAUAUCCAGUCCUGGAUUGCCUCCAUUUCUUCCUCCAAUUCUAAUCUGAUCAGCAAGCAGGUGAUUGGAAACACCUACGAAGGACGCCCCAUGACUGUCCUCAAGCUCGGUAAGACGUCCAGCUCCACCAAACCGGCUAUCUUCAUGGACUGUGGGAUCCACGCCAGGGAGUGGAUCUCUACUGCCUUCUGCCAGUGGUUCGUCAAAGAGGCUCUGUCCACCUACGGCAGCGACUCUCAGAUGACCAGCCUGCUCGACCAGAUGGACGUCUUUGUCCUCCCCGUCUUCAACAUCGACGGCUACGACUUCACCCACAAGAGCAACAGGAUGUGGAGGAAGACUCGCUCCAAGAGAUCUGGAUCCAGCUGCUACGGUGCCGAUCCCAACAGGAACUUCAACGCCGGCUGGUGCACCGUUGGAGCCUCCAGCAACCCCUGCAGCGACACCUUCUGCGGGCACCAACCUGAGUCCGAGAUCGAGGUCAAGAACGUCGCCGACUUCAUCCGCAGGAACAAGUCCAUCCUCAAGGCCUACAUCACGAUCCACUCCUACUCCCAGCUGCUGCUCUUCCCUUAUUCCUACAGCUUCUCUCUUGCUGCAGACCACAGCGAGCUGCUGAAGGUUGCCGAUGGAGCCUCUGCUGCUCUGCGUAGUCUGUAUGGCACCAGGUACACCAGUGGACCUGGUGCUGCAACCAUCUACCCCGCAGCCGGAGGCUCCGACGACUGGGCCUACGACCUGGGAGUGAAGUAUUCCUACACCUUCGAGUUGCGUGACACCGGCCGCUACGGCUUCCUGCUGCCCGAGUCUCAGAUCGAGCCCACAUGCGAGGAGACCAUGCUGGCCGUCAAGUACAUCGCCGCCCACGUGCAGAAGAACCUCUAUUAAAGAGUGAGACUGCCGGGACCCCUGCCAACGCAGCCCCCUCUGCACCAGCCCACAGCCCCUCCAACCUCUCAGCCUUCUCCAGCCCGUAUCCAUGGAUACGGGCACCACCCGCAAUGUUUGCGUGCUGUGCUUGACAGAAUGUCAAGAUGAGUGCAAACAAUAAAAUCAAUGAUCCAUCCCCA